GCGGCCAUGGACAGGACAGCGCGCGCCCUCCUCGCCCUCCUGCUCUUGCUCCUGCUGGGCUCCCUCCGCAGCACCAGGGGAAAGCCCAUCAGCUUGACUUACCGCUGUCCCUGCCGAUACUUCGAGAGCAACAUUGCCAAGGCCCACAUUAAGCACCUCAAAAUCCUGACCAUCCCCGGCUGUUCUCUCCAGAUUAUUGCAAGACUGAAAAAUAGCAGCAAGCAGAUCUGCAUUGAUCCCAAGUUAAAGUGGAUUCAUGAGUAUCUGGAGAGAUACCUACAAAAGAGACACAGGAUGUAAGGGGCAAGCAUUACCACAGGAUGCCUUGCUGUAGAAGCCAGAAAGCAGCUUUCCCACUUUUAGGGAAGCAUGAUAAAGAUGAGCAUCUUUAUCGCACAGCGCAAAGCAAUGCUUCAUGCACUUCUCGAGUCUCUCCUUUGCCCAGAAAGCCUUUGUCAGUAUUAUGUGAUUGAGCAGGAAUGUCUGGUAUAGCUGGAUUUAUGACUUCCCACUCGGGCUAGUGGCAGAAAGUCCAAUGAAGCAGGCUUUCUGUUCUGUUCUGCUGUGCAAGAGCCUGGCUCUCACUCCUUGCACCAGGAAUUUCCCUGCAGGCUGUGCUGAAUUGGGGGUGGGACUUGAAUAGGGUUUUUCAGGUAGCAGGGCUAAGCUGCAAGAUGAAGCAUCGAUUGUAUGCAGUCGCGAAUUGUAUAUUCCACAGAUGUGAGGACACAUACUGCUCAGGAGGGAGGGAGGCAGGGAGGGAGGCAGGGAGGCAGGGACGGAGGGAGGGAGGACGCUGACACAGAUGGGCCCAAAGAACCGGGGUCCCACUAGGAUGGUGAGUGAUGAGCACAACCAGAAUUUCUGUGCAUCCUUAUUCAGAACAGUAGAAUCGGUUCAUUGAUCUUUUGGGUCGCUUUUGUCAGAGGAAAGUGGAUUUUAUUAUGGGAACUGUUGUGUGUGAGCUGUCAGCUUACAGGUUUCAGAUGUGGGAACUUCUGUACUCUGGAACAGAUGUUUUGUAGUACCAAUGGCUGCAAAAGUUGCUGCAAUUAACUCUGUGUGCUUUGGUUCCCACAUGUCCAAAACAGCAGACAACUGUGGUAAAAAUUACUCCUGAGGUCAAACCGCAAGCCGUCUGCCAUACUUGGCACACGAAGGGAUGGGGUGGGAGUGAAUUACAACAAAGGAAGAGAUUAUUCAACUUUCUUGCAGAAACCGUGGUUCCAAUUCAGAUCAGAACUUCUGCCUACUUUUAAAUAAAUAAAUUCAUUUGGAGGUGCACACUAAAUAUUUAAUAUAAUGAAUGGUUUGACUUUGCCAAAGCUGUCUGCUCAGAUGUUUUUGACUAAAACUCCCAUCAGCCCCGGCCAGCAUGGCCAAGAGGCCAGCACAAUGACCUCCUGGGGGUGCCAAUUGGGCUGCUCCAUUGGGCAUUCAGGUCCGGGGUAACACAGGCAGCUGGGUACAGGCAGCUGGACGUGGGGACACAAAUGGCCAACGUGCCCCCAUGUGUUAAAUAUUUUGCACAUCUGUUUCUGAAUCCAGCACAGACAGAACUUGCAGCCCAAAGUUCCCCAGAGCAAAAGCAUUCUCAUCCACUUGCCUCAUCCCUGUCGCUUGUUAAAGGCGAAAUGUGCUCAGCCAGCCGGCCCUCGUCGGCACCCAGGCUUCCCGGGGAAGCUGAUUCCAUGCAGCUGCAGCCAGCUAGAGCAGGGCAGGUUUCCGCUGGACUAGCACCCACGUGCCACGCCUGGAGCGCAGCAAAGUGCUUGCUCCAGCGUGAUCCUGGAGUUUGUAAAUGAUGGAGAUGGGCUACGAGGCCUUGCACACUUCCCCCACGGUGCUCCUGGGUGCCUGCUUCUCCGUCCUUUGAAUCAGCCGGGGCCGCCCCUGGAAUUCACUGGAACAGAGCAGGGCUUCUGCCAUUUAACGUGGCUCAGCCUGGCGGGUGCUCCAUGCAAGCAGCCCAACAAGCAGCAGGGCUUUCUGCCUUUGGCCGUGCAAGCCCAGAACUAGGUUCUGAGAAACCACGGGCAGAAAGAACAGCCUGUGCGGUGUGUUCACGGAGCCAUGAUUGCAUGGGGCGAGAACCCAAGUGGGGCUGGGUGCCGCAGGGCCCCCCAUGCCACUCCCCUUCUCGCAUGAGCAACACAGCCGGACAGGGCACCCCCUCCUGCUCUGGGGGUCCCCCUUCCAGCAGGAGGGGAAGGUGCCCGACGGGCUCCAUCGCUCCUCUGCUACACGGUGCGCCCAUUUGCCAUCACCUUUACUAAGCUGAGUAAGAGCAAAAUUCAGGUAGAAGAUGGGGUCUGACUUGCAGCAGAAAAUAAGAAAUAGCACACCAGAUACUUGCUGUUUUGAGAAAAGAGAGUAAGUUUUCUGUAAAUUUGCUCUGGCUGGAGGUUAGAGAAAUCACAAGAUAUGGGGCAAGAAUGACAAAAGCUUUAUUUUUGCCAAAUUUGCAUCUGUCCUGGCAUCAAGAUUUGUUUCUGGUCUAAAGGAUAUACGAUGAAUACCUGGUAAGAUGUUCUUGUUGUAAUUCUACAGACAUUCACUCUCGGCCAACUGAGCUCGAUGCAGCUGACUUCUGAGUACUGAUGUGAAGAAUUGGGUUGAUAAUGGGAAUUGGUAACAAGUACAUUUGGAACCGGGCUCAUUAUUGGCUGCAUUAAUUUGUGUUUUUGCUUCCACUGAUGCUGUGCUUCACAGAAUAGUUCAGGAUUCAGGAACUAUCCCAAUAUCUGCAGGUACAGGUUGAAUGCAGGUAUUUCAAGCAGACAGGUGCAAAAUCCAUCUCCUCUGCAGACUGCCUGAUGUUUAUGGUAGGACUAGAAGCCUGUAACUGAGAGGAACUAAAUAUUUUCUACUGGAUCCAGACUUAAGCACAGAGUGCUGAAAUCCAGAGGACAUAAGUUAGUCAUGAUUAAGUCCCACUGAUUUCAAUGUUUGAAUAUGGCUGAAUCUAACUAAAUUUAGGCUGAAUUCAAAAGAUACACCCAAGGUGCUGUCCCCCAUAAUAAUGAAAAUCCAAAGGGUGUUCUUAGGUUGCACCCCAAGGGUGAGUGGGAGCUGUGGAGGAGGGCAGCUGAAAAAGAGGGGGUGCGGGAGCAAAAGGGAAAGCACCUCCUUUGGACACCUCCCCGGGGUCCAAACCGGGGUCAGCAGUAGUGGCCCAAAAACUGAAGCAGAGUUCAAGGCCAACCAAAUGCCGCAUCAGGGCUCUAACGUGCUCGCCAGCCAAUGCCGUGCAGCCCCGUGCGGAGUACGCAGGGGAUCCCCGAAAUGAGGGGUGCUCCAAGCAUCCCUCUGCCCUGGUGCUCGCAGGCUUCCCCUCGUGCUCAGCCCUGUCACAGAAAGCAAGCCAGGAGAAAGUCCCGAAAUGCUCCCAGGACACAGGCUGCAGCCCUGGCAGCCUCCUCCUCCUGACGUGGAAGGGGGUCCUGCUGGCACAGCAGCCAUGCAAGUUUGUUUCCUGGCGAGCCUUGGAAAGUUGGGCAUGCUCCUCAGGAACCCAGGCAGGGCCCCAACGAAGCGGGCUAGAUCCUGGGGAGCUGAGCCCAGGGGCUCUGGCAGAGUCACACCCACAGCCAGAUUCCUUGCGCAUCAGCCGGGUCAGGUGCACAUCGCAACCCUCGAAGGUUUGCAAGCUGUUGCAUUAGGACACCGGCCCAGGUCCGAGGCUGGGUGGCUCUCUCCUUCGGGGCCGUCCUUGUGGCCAAACCAUCUUGCGCAGCCCGCAGUGUCUCAGACACAGAAUGGGCACAGGUGCAUCAUGCCGAACCUUUCCUUGUCAUCCUACCUUCCGCCCAUCUGUGUGAUCCAUAGCAGUGCUGAGAAUAUUGGGAAAUGUGUCCGCAGAAGGCUCUGUGCCGGGCAGAGUAGCUGCGAUCCAGCUGGGUCACAGGAGCUUGAGGAUACGGAUGGUUUUCAGGGUGGCCAGAGGGCGGUGCACACUGACUGCUUGCGUGUGCUACUGCACACCCGUGCCCACGGACCUUCCCAGAAUAAUGUGAAAAAGACUGAAUGGAAGACCAUUUUAUAACUACUUCAUGCUGUGCAUUCAUUUUUUAUUUUUGUUACUUUGACAAAGCAUGUAAGCACUUACGAUUUUCCUAAUAAAAUCUAUAUUCGGAUGCCA